CAACUUUUACUUCUGUUCUAACAUAACCUUUUUAAAUAUUUUAAAUUCAAAAAUGAAUGAAGAAAUUGCUACAAAUGGCAAUGCAACUGAAACUAAUGAAACAGAAAAUAAUUUAUUAGAGUUGGCAAAAUCCAAUCCAGAUGGUAUAUCUAACGACGAUAUAAAAAGGCAUAUGCCGGAUAUUCCCCUUACAGAAAUAACUGCAAUUAUUAAUAAAUGCUUGAAAAAUGGUAUUUUUGACCUAUUUAAAACUAAAGACAACCUGUUGUACAAAUACAAAGAUCCUUCCAAGAAAACUAUGGUAAAAGGAGCAGAUGCUGAAGAAAAAUUGGUAUAUAAAAUCAUUGAAGAAGCAGGCAAUAAAGGAAUAUGGAUAAGAGACAUUAGAUUUGGUUCCAAUUUAAAUAUGACCCAACUCAACAAAGUUUUAAAAAGUUUGGAAACGAAGAAACUCAUUAAAUGUGUCAAAUCGGUGACUGCCAGUAAGAAGAAGGUUUACAUGCUCUUCGACUUGGAACCAGACAGUUCUGUGACCGGAGGUGCCUGGUAUCAAGAUCAAGACUUUGAGUCGGAAUUCGUAGAUGUUUUAAACCAACAAUGUCACCGAUUUUUAGUAGAAAAAUUAGAAGAAGCCAAUACGAAAUCUAACGGUCCUCUUUUAGCCAGAAACAGAAGUUACGCCACAGCAAAUGACGUACACAAAUUUAUUUCCGAAUUAGGAAUCAGUAAAGUUUCUUUAACUGUGGAAGAUAUUGAAAGUAUUUUAUAUACAGUGGUUUUGGAUAAUAACGCAGAAAGAAUUGUGGCUACGAAUGGUUCGUAUGUGUAUAAGGCUGUGAAUAGGUUUCUGCCUUCUGCAGGAAUAGUUAAGACGACUUGCGGUAUUUGCCCAGUUGCUAAUAGAUGUGCCGAGACGGGGCUGAUUAAUCCAAAAGCUUGUAGCUAUUUUACAGAUUGGUUAAUACAAUAAAUAUAUGUUUUAGUUAUUUGUUUACUUUAUAUUGUAAUCUAUCUAAUGUAUUUAGC